CGGUUCUUGCCAACCCCCUCGUGAUUACCGCCACAGCGGAGAGCAAGCACCGGCUAGCCGAGGAGCAGAUGACUGUGGCCCUGCAGGACGUGCCUUCCACACAUAGCAAGAGGCGGCGGCAAGACCAGAACAGCGCCAAGCCCCGGCGCGCCCGGACCGCCUUCACCUACGAACAGCUAGUGGCGCUGGAGAACAAGUUCCGAGCCACUCGCUACCUGUCGGUGUGCGAGAGGCUCAACCUGGCGCUGUCCUUGAGUCUGACGGAAACACAGGUGAAGAUCUGGUUUCAGAACAGGCGCACCAAGUGGAAAAAGCAGAACCCAGGCGCAGACAGCACCAUGCCGCCAGCCCCCGGCCCGCUCAUCAGUCCCGGCCAGGCCACGUGCGGCUCGGGCCAGGCCGGCUUCCACCAAUCCUUCCACAACUUGGGCUCCGGGAACGUCAUCUUUCACGCCGCUGCUGCUCCGCUUUCGUCCACUGGGGGGCUCCUGCACCCAUUCCUACCUGGCGGAUUUGUGCAACCCUCCUAUUUUAAUCCACACCUAUGAGAGGAGGACUGGACUCUUCUUUCAAUUAUUUGUUGACUGGGUCGGCCAAACGUUUGACAAGAAACCUUUUUUCGUAAAGGGGACAUCAAUUCUUUGUACAGAUUGAAAAGUUGCUCAACACGGGGACUGUGACAAGCCUUGCUCCUUCGCUGCUGUACCCAAAUAAAGCAGUACUCUGCGUUGGCGCCAGAUAGAACCAUCUCGCCAACUGGUGUGAUUUGAAUCAAAGUAAAAAAUUCGUUAUCUUUUGGGUUUCGACCAAUUAUUGUCAAAUAACUUUUAUUAAUACAUUUGAAAAUACUCGGGGGGAAAAAUGUCAGAUUUGUUUUGUCACAUUGCACCAAAAUGGUCUGAUGUUGCCCUGGAGACUCUUUAAAAACACCUAAACAUGAACAUUGUUUUUUUUUUUAUUAAAAAAAGGGACAAAUAAUUAUCAUUGUGUUUGUUGAAACACUGUAUUCAACAGAUCUUGUA